AUGGCGGACGAAACGCCUACUCCGACGAAGAUGCAGCAAAGCCUGACCAGUGAGGAGAUUUGCCAGGCCCUCGACUCCGAUGACGCUGCUCGUCGAGCCCUUGCUGACGCCCAGUCCCGCAGCAUAUACAGGGAGACCAAACAAUGGCCAAGGGAAUGGGUUGGCGAUUUUCCGCCGAGCAGAUGGACAGCUCACAUGGUACACAAUCUGGCUCGAGUGAUUCGGCAUGUCGCGCGCGGCGCGUCUGGGUCGGCCAGCCUUGAGAACAAGCCAACCUUGGAGGACUUGCAGAACUACAUCCGUCGCCGAGCUAAGGGAGGAAGAAGCCACCACGCACAAUUGAAGCCGGGUGACAUUACUGAUGCAAUGGACUAUUUCGGAGUCGCGAGAAGCAAGAAUGAGUCGGCCGCCGUAGAGAACCAGCUCGCCUCUCGCGGGAGUGGCCGAGUUGCUCUGGAGGACGAAGACGACCAGAAAGGCGAAGGAGAGGACAAAAAAGACGUGAUUAACUCUACCACCGAGGAAAGACAAGACGAGCGCGAUGGUGAUACGAAGCAUGAAUCCGACGAGGUCAACAACAACCAAACCCGCACGAGUUCCAAAGCCACUGCGUCGCCUUUCCCUGUUCUCAACAGCCCGGACCGCGUGUCUAUUCACCAAAAGCUUGCUAGACAAGCUUACUCCAGCCCGCUCCAGAAAACCACCACUCACGAUCACCCUGCUCCGUCAUCAUCCGUCUCGCCAAAGAAGCACGCUCGCUCUGAAGAUACAUCCCCGAGCCCAGCCAUCGCGACGUCGGGCGAGCCGGCGAAAAGACGGCGCUUGUAUGCCAACAAGCCGAUCGCUGACCCCGACCUUUCCCCCCCAACUGCCGAUGAUUCUGCUUCGACCAUGACGAAAGAGAAAGACUGGGAGACGCUUCACGUUGUGGUCAAGAGAAGACAGACCGAGUCCAGCCUUGAAUACAUGACUCUGAAGAAAAAAGUCGACACAUUGCGAGAUGAGCUCCAAACACGAAAGAUGUCGCUGGAGACAGGAAAGUUUGUUUGGACACCAUCCCGGGGCGAACUCUUGAUUCACAAAAACACCCGUGAUGACGUUCUAACCAAUCUCCAAAAGCUACGUCGGACGGUCGAGUAUUACCUCACAAACAAGGAUCUGCUGGAGACUUUGGAUCUUGAAACACGGGCACUGGUUACCAAGGGCCACGAGCGAAGACUUGGUGACAUGGAGAAGGAACUUGCGAAAGCUGAGACGCAUGUUCAGGAUGCUCGACGUAAAGUCGAGGCCGAGAGUGAGGAAGUCAAGCAGCGUAUUGAGGAGGAUGAGGUCAGGCUGGGUGAUAUGGAGACUGGCCUCGACUUGGCUCACACCGAACAUGAUCGUUGGCGUUGCAUGGGACAUCUUGCUGCCCUGACGGCUCGGGACCUGGAGAGAGUGAUGACGUGCUUGGAGAAGCGAGGGCUGGGGCCUUCCGAGUACCCCGAGAAGCAGAUGCGAGAGGCUGAAGAUGAUGCUACAGUACAAGGGAAGAUUGAGGGCCUGGGUAAUGGUUCAGAGCGGAUGAGAGGUUACUGGGAGUGGAUGAGUUCCAUGGUUGAGUUGAUGUUUUAA